AUGUCCUGGACUGCAAAGCUCGUCCUUCUAGCUGCUGUGCAGCUUGCUGUCGGAGAUGCUGGCAGUGGCGAGCGCAGCCAGAAGCCACACAUCCUCUUCAUCAUGGUGGAUGAGAUGGAUGGACGACUCCUAGAUGAUGAGACGCCUCAGUUCAAGCCUCCCAUGCCGCACCUCCGACAGCUGAUGAAACGGGGCGCGUACUUCCCGAAUGCCUACAGCAACUCGCCCUUGUGCGUUCCGGCAAGGACAUCGAUGAUGGCAGGUAGGUACAACUCGGACAUCAAGGUAUGGGACAACUUUGUUGGGAUCGCGAAUGUCAAUGGCGACAACAGAAAUCUAGAUCAGAGGUGUGUUGAUGCCUUCUCACGUAGCGAGUGCCGCGAAUUCGCCGCGGAGCAGAAGAUCAAUGGCACCUUCAUCGACGUGCUCGCAGACCACGGCUAUGAAAUCACGCUCUGGGGCAAGGUUCACGCAGGGGCCGGCCUGGACCGCUUCAGCCAUAAGAUAUCAAACGAUCCCUUCACGGGAACUGGUCCGGUCAGGGAGUCUGCGAAGGCUUGGUCUCGCUUGGCGGGCGUCGUUUCAAAGAGACAGGACCCCACGCUUUGGAUGCGAAGGCCGAUUGAUGUGCCGAUGCCUGCAGAAGGCUACUAUGACUAUCCGACAGCAGAGGCCUGUGCCAAGCUCAUCAAGAACGGUAUCUUCAAAAAGUCCACGCCGCAGUUCCUGUACUGCUCAUUCUCAGUGCCGCACCCGCCAUACCAGACGAAUGGCACGUACUGGAACGCAGUUGGAUCUUUGGGGAAGCAUGCCGUCCCACGCCUGGUGCCUCGAGAUCAGCUGCACCCAGCGGAUGCCUAUGCGGCCAAGGCCAAGCAGUUCUGGCAGAUGGACGAUUGCGAUGCCAAGGACAUCGAGCACUUCCGACGCGUUUACUUCUCGAUGUGCGUAGAAUCGGACCGCCUUGUCGGCAACAUCCUCAGCGCCUUCUACAACAGCGGCGUGAAGAAUGCCUACGUGAUGUUUGUCUCUGACCAUGGCGAGCACAACCUGGAGAAUCGCCAGUGGCAGAAGAGCUCCAUGAAGGAAGCCUCAGCGCGCAUUCCGCUGAUAGUGGCCGGUCCUGGCAUGCCCAAGGGCAAGCGCAUCAACGACUUGACGUCUUUGAAUGACGUUUACCCAACGCUCGUUGACAUGGCGGGUGCGAAGAGUCGAGUGCCCCAGUCCAAGCUGGCGGGCGAAUCUGUACUGCCUUUGGCAAGGGGUCAUGGGCGUAAGCGCAACUACGUGGUGUCGGAGUACCACGACUCCUACUCACGGACUGGGGCAUUCAUGAUCCGACAUGGUCACCUGAAGCUCAUCCUACACGCGCCCCUCUACCACGGAGGUACUCCCUGGCCUCCUCAGCUCUUUGAUGUGAAGGAGGACCCAUGGGAGCUCAAAGACUUGGCGAGCCAGAAGCCUGGGGAAGUCCAGAGGUUGGAGAACAUGCUGCGGAAGGAGUUUGAUGUUGAGGCUGUGGACAAAUACAAAAAAGACUACGACAGGAGAAUGUUUCUGACCUAUGUGUAUCGGCGUUACAGUGGGCCCGCCGGAUGCCAUAAAACGAUGGACAUUGCCUUCCCGGGCUUCGAUGAGGAGGACGCGAAAUCGAUUGAACAGUGGAUCGGCAAGCCUUGUUGCAAAGUGGCUGAAGGCCGCAAGAACAAGAAGGCCAAAUAUCAUUCGCUUCAAUGCCCGCCGAAGGGGAUUGCCAAAGGCAAGUGA